CAAAGGUUACUGAACUCAGCCAAUUCACUGACUUAUAUACAAAUUAUAUUCCCUUGCUCAUCUGUCCAGCAGGCUACCUUUCAAGCUAUCUUACUUCUCUUAUGUUGUCCGAGAUUGAAGGGCAGCCUCGUCGUUUGCCCACGUUGGUCACAUUUUGCCAGCGUGUCCUCUCUACAUAUACAGAUUCUAUAAGCAGUUUGGGAGACGAUGCUAUACGCUAUGAUGUGAUUAAGCCAGUGCUAGAAUGUUGCUCUGCAGACACCCUUCUUCGCCUGGAACAAUCGUCACCCUAUCUUGUAAAUGAUACCUCUGAAAUAUGGCAACGACUGUGUUGGAGAACAUUUCCACUCUUGGCCGAGCAAUAUUUGCAAGAAGGCGCUGAAGCUCCUGAAUCGUGGCGCGAGCAAUUCUUCCUAUUCCGAGAAGUAGAGGCCAAACGACUUGAACUAGUAGGUUCUCGUCUCCGCAGUCAACGUAUGGAAGCGGAUGAACGGAAGAAGGAACGUGAGGUUAAGAUCACUGAUCGCCUACCUCCCCCGAAACGUGCUCGAGGAUGGGGAGCGCCAAGUCAACCCAAGACACUCUUUCAGAAGACAAAGACUGAGGCUACGAAAUUGCGUACCUCUAUGUACACGGCUCGUAUCCUUCCUCCUCAGCGAAACCGCAUGAUACACAGUUCACCUAGCCUAAGAGCCCCAGCACCUGGACCUUCCCAAACAACCAAGAGCAUGGUUACCGUCAAGACAGUCACCUAUAAACGACCGCCUGUUCCACCUACCCCGCCUCAGACAUCUGGCCAAGCUCCUACAGCAUCAGUCUCGGCUCCCUCAGGCCCCACUACUCCCCAGAAGUUGGCUGCUUCUCCUCCUUCUGCUCGCCCAUCGAAAUCAUUACAGAUGCCACAGUCAUCACCAUCCACAGGGGAACAGCGACCGUCAAAGCCUCCAAUAAACAAGAAGGACCCCAUGGCUUCUUUGUUUAUGCCGAAACACCGCACCCUUUCUCAGCUUCCGGGACAGACCAGUAAUGCGCGUAUCAUGCCGACCCGAUAACGUCCAAAUUGAGUUACUCACUCCACUGCAUACGUUUUGCUUGAUCACUUAUUCAGCACUUGAAUUGUAUUUGUUGGAAUCAUCAUCUAUUAUCCAUUGUCGCACGACUGUCUCAGUAGUGUAUGCCGAGUUUGCUUGUCAUUUGCUAUCCACGCUAUCCCUGUUG